GGUUCUCUUCCGCGUCACUCAACGAAGCUGCAGCGAAGUCGCUCAUGCAGAAGCGGUCUGUUGUUUUCACAGUCCUCUGCUCUCUUUACCGCACGAUGACGACACUGUCACAGACGAAGGCACUCUUCCGGAGAGCCGACGCAGUCUGUUUUGAUGUGGACAGCACAGUUAUUAAAGAAGAAGGCAUUGAUGAGCUGGCCAAAUUCUGCGGCGUGGGUGACGCCGUGACUGCUAUGACGAGAAAAGCUAUGGGCGGCUCAAUGACGUUUAAAACGGCCCUGACUGAGCGUCUUUCAAUCAUUCGAUGCUCCAGAGAACAAGUGAACAAACUGAUAACGGAUCACCCGCCUCAGUUGACUCCAGGGAUCAGAGAGCUUGUGGACCGUCUUCACCAGCGCAGCAUUAAGGUCUUCCUCAUCUCUGGAGGCUUCCGCUGCAUUGUCGAGCACGUGGCCACUCAACUCAACAUUCCUCUGGACCACGUCUUUGCAAACCGCCUCAAGUUCUACUUCAACGGAGAGUACGCCGGUUUUGAUGAGAGUCAGCCCACAGCUGAGAGCGGCGGAAAAGGAAAAGUCAUCAGUAUCCUGAAGGAACGAUAUAGUUUCAAGACGGUGGUGAUGAUUGGAGAUGGAGCCACUGACCUUGAGGCCUGCCCGCCCGCUAGUGCUUUCAUUGGAUUUGGAGGAAAUGUCAUCAGGCAGCAAGUUAAAGAGAGGUGCACGUGGUACAUCACAAGUUUUGGAGAGCUGAUAAAGGAACUGGAGAAAAUUUAAUGGAUGAAAGGAUCACCGUUACCAGUUUUAACACAGUUGCCUUUAAUGGCACACCUCUGGUUUUAUCCAGUGCACAUUUUUAAAUAGACUUUAAUGUUUACAAUAAUUAUUAAUUUUUACUUUGCUGUAAAAAUUUUUAUACUAAAAGAUAUUAAAAAAUGGCAGAUAAGCUAACACUGUGUAUAAGGGUACUGAAGAAGAGUUUUUGUGUUUUUGCACUCUUUGCAUCAAAGCAUUUAGGUAAGUUAAUACAGCUCCUGCGUAUGUGCAGUGAACAACAGCAAUGUUGUAAUUCAGUGUGGAUAUGUACAGCGAUAAAA